GCCGCCUUCAGCGGCCCCAAGAUCGCCUUCUACGUGGGACUCAAGAGCCCCCACGAAGGCUAUGAGGUGCUCAAGUUCGACGACGUGGUCACCAAUCUCGGCAAUCACUACGAUCCCACCACGGGCAAGUUCAGCUGCCAAGUGCGCGGCAUCUACUUCUUCACCUACCACAUCCUCAUGCGCGGUGGCGACGGCACCAGCAUGUGGGCAGACCUCUGCAAGAACGGGCAGGUACGCGCCAGCGCUAUCGCGCAGGACGCAGACCAGAACUACGACUACGCGAGUAACAGCGUGGUGCUGCACCUGGAUUCUGGGGACGAGGUGUACGUGAAGCUGGACGGUGGGAAGGCGCACGGAGGCAAUAACAACAAGUACAGCACGUUCUCUGGCUUUCUUCUGUACCCGGAUUAGGGGCGCAGAGGACACGAGGUGGGGAUGGUUUCAGGCUGUUCUAUUCCCUCUGGGGCAGGGCUCUUUGGGGAGGCCACUCUGUACUUCUUGAUACUCCCUGACUUCUCUGUUGGAAAAGACACAUCCCUGCUGUUCUCCAUGCCCCGCCCCUGGCCUCAGUGUGUUUGCAUCUAACCAAGCUGCCUCAUCCCAGUGCCAGGCCCGGGGAGGGAGCGGGAUGCCCAAGUGGUGAGCUGAGCGUGAACCUCAGCCCUCAGGGCAGCCAUGGUGGGCAGACUGCAAACCUGAAUGGACUGGACAGGCUAUGCAGGAGGCUGCUCUCUUCCUGACCUCCCGCCUUUCUGCUUUCCCCUCCUCCACUCCUCCUCCUGCUCCUGCUCCUGCUCCUCCUCCUCUUCCUCCCCAGUACCCCAGACCAAGGACACCAGGCUCCAGCUCCCUGGCACACCCUUCUUUGUGACCCUAAAUACUUGUGCGGAUUUUCUUGUCCAACAGCCAAAAAUCCCACCCACAGCAGAAUUCCAGCAAAGGGAAAAUUCACCUUUCCACACUGCAUUUCCUCCUGACUCAGACCUACUGCGAUGCAUUAAAUUAUGUUUUUAGA